AUGAGAGGCUCAAUCAAGUAUCUGGGUCGCCUUGUAGAUAAACACGGGGUCAGACCGGAUCCCGAAAAGGUUGAAGCGGCGUUGACAUGGAAAGCAACGAUCACCGACACGCAAUUGAUGAGCUUUCUCGAAUUCGCUAAAUACUACCAAGAGUUUAUCAAAGGGUAUGCUGACAAGAUAUACCCCAUGCAGAAGUUGAUGCGAAAUGAAGGUACAAAAUUCAGUUGGACUGACGAGGCUCAGGUCUCCUUUGAGAAUAUCAAGAGAAAACUUUGCGAGGCUCCGGACCUCGGCAUGCCGACAGAAAAGAGGAUGUUUGUGCUAGAAACAGACGCAUCAGUAGUUGCGAUAUCGGGCAUACUUCACCAGGAACAGGAGUGGAAUGGAAGGAGGCAAGAAAUUAAGGAUGGGUUUUCAUUCCUGGACAAAGAGACCUACGACAAACUGCAGCUAACCAGGUGGCUUGACAAGUAUGGGCACCCCAUACCAGGACACGCUGAACUGCCCGUGGAGACGGCUGCUGAUAUAUAA